CACAAUUGAGCAAUCUCAUCCACCACUCACUUCCUCCACUGGGUUCUUACUACCACCACCCUUGCAGUCAGGCACAUCUGCUCUUCGGAGGUGUCCUACAGGUGAAAAGCCCAGAAUCCUGGCUACAAAUAUGGCAUACAUGAUUAUAAAAGAACUUCCGGAUAAUUACAGCUGGGAGGAUUUCGAAAAUUACAGUUACUCUGACGUAUCCAUUUCGCCAAACUCUGUCCCAUGUCAGCCAGAAUCUCUGGAUAUCAACAAGUAUGCUCUGGUGACCAUCUAUGCCCUAGUCUUCUUGCUAAGCCUUCUGGGAAACUCCCUGGUGAUGCUGGUUGUCUUAUACAGCCGUGUCAACCGUUCAGUCACUGACGUCUACACUAUUGCCGACCUGCUCUUCGCCCUGACCUUGCCUAUCUGGGCUGCCGCCAAGGCAACAGGCUGGAUCUUUGGCACACCCCUGUGCAAGAUGGUCUCACUCCUGAAGGAAGUCAACUUCUACAGUGGAAUUCUACUACUGGCCUGCAUUAGCGUGGACCGCUACCUGGCCAUUGUUCAUGCCACACGCACUCUGACUCUGAAGAGGCACUGGGUCAAGUUCAUAUGCUUAGGCAUCUGGGCUCUAUCUCUGAUCCUGUCCCUGCCCGUCUUCGUCUUCCGCAGGACCGUCUACCCGCCUAAUACUGGCCCAGUCUGCUACGAGGAUCUGGGUGCCAAUACAACUAAAUGGCGCACAGUAAUGCGGGCCCUGCCCCAGACCAUUGGCUUCCUCCUGCCGCUGCUGGUCAUGGUGUUCUGCUAUGGGCUCACCCUGCGCACACUGUUUCAGGCCCACAUGGGGCAGAAGCACCGGGCCAUGCGGGUCAUCUUUGCUGUCGUGCUCGUCUUCCUGCUCUGCUGGCUGCCCUACAACCUGGUUCUGUUGUCAGACACCCUUCUGAGAAUCGGGGCGAUCAAGGAUAGCUGUGGUCGCCGAAACGACAUUGGUCGGGCCCUGGAUGCCACCGAGAUUCUGGGCUUCCUUCACAGCUGCCUCAAUCCCCUCAUCUACGCCUUCAUUGGUCAGAAGUUUCGCCAUGGACUCCUCAAGAUCAUGGCCGUCCAUGGCCUGAUCAGCAAGGAGUUCUUGGCCAAGGAGAGCAGGCCUUCCUUUGUUGGCUCUUCUUCAGGGAACACUUCUACUACCCUCUAAGACCCCUGCUGCUGUUGUAGCCCCACUGGGCUCCUCCCCUCCCAUCAGUACCCAAGCCUCAUGACUAUAGUCCACUGGCUAUUCACAGUCUCUGUGUCAAGACAGCCUCACACUGUGGUCACAGAAAGUUGCUGAGGCUCUGACUUUACCAGGUGCCCUGAUCUGGUUCAGAAAGCCUCCCCUGGCUCCCCACCCCUUACUGUAAUUCCUAUGUCAACUGCUAGAGCUCUGUCCAUCCUACCACUGAGCC